AUGUUUAUUCCAUUAUUGAUUACGAUAUGCUUUGCAAAAGAUCUUACAAUAUAUCCUACAGUGAAUGAGUUGUGCAUUUAUGAUUUAAAAGAUAUAUUUGGAAGUAUUAAUAACCCAAGUUAUGAAUUGACACCAAUGGAUUCUCCAUUCAUAAUUGUGGACAGCAUAAAACUGAUAGGUAUUUUAGUAUAAUUAUAUAUUUGUUUAGGUGCAACAAAUCAUACAAUGGAUGAUUAACCAAAAAGUAUAGUGAGUAAUAGCAGAUUUACAUAAUUUGCAGUCAUAGAUAAAUAGAAUACUGUAUAUUGGACAAAAUAGUAUAAAUAUAAUUAAUAUGUAGGACAUUGCCAGUGGAUACACCUUAAUUCUUAGGUAAAUAUAAAUUAAAUGAAACAUGUUAUUCUCUUGAGUACAUUGAUGACACCACUCUCAUCAUAGAUUGUAUGGAUUCUAAAUAAUAUAAUUUGUUUAAUUUUUUGUAAGUAGGUGUUAGUACAAAGCAAAGUAAACUUCUAGAUAAAAACAGCAUUAAUUAAUCAUCAAUAACAUUUAGGAAAAUGAAUAUUCUGGAUGAUUAUUGUAUAUUAAUUGGAUAAUCAAGUGUUGAUUUAUCAAUAAUAGAUGUUUAUGAUUUGAAUGUUCUUAAUAAUACAGGCAAUACACUAAAUACAACAGUAAUAAAUAAAUUAGCUUAAAUAAAAGAUAAGACAUACUAAUUUAAAUUAAUUGAUUUCAUAGCAAAAUUUGGACUUGUUUAUGUACUUGAUGAAACAAGAUUAUUAAUUUUAUAAUAUAAAGAUGAAUGGAAAUUGAAUCUAUAAAUUAUAUUGUCUAGUAAAGGAGUGGCAUUUGAUGUAAAUAUAGUAUCAGAUUUGAAUGGGAAUGAGAAAUUUGAAUUGGUGAUCUUAACUUAAAAUGGAAAAUUGUAUUACUAUAAUGAUUUUGUGAGUACACCUACAGAAAUGAAUAUAGUAGGUUAGAGUGUACAAAUAUCUAAUUAAUAUAUAAUUGUAUAAUAAGAUUAGAAUUUAUUAUAAAUUAAUUUAGAUGAUAAAAAUAUAGUGAAAUCUAAACUUUGGAAUAAUAAUUAUUUUAUUGUAUCUAGUUAAUAUUCUACAUUGAUUGAAGUAAGUACAACAUUCACAAAUAGAUAUAUAUUGAGUAAUGGUUAUCUUUAAGGACAAUCAAAAUCUUAAACAAAUAUUUAAUAAUAAAUUACAUUAAAAGCAACUUAUAUAGAUAUUUAACAUUUAUAAUAAUAAGAAGUAUCUAAAAUAAUAUAUUAAUUUUUGGAUAUUAAAGAUUAAAAUCUAUAUGAAGUUAGUAAUCCAACUUUAUUCAAGAAUGCAAUAUAAGGUAAUUUAUAUUAUGAAUAUCUUGAUCCAUUCUUAUCAGGACCUAAUCAAAAGUAUUAAUAAGAGUCAUCAUAAACUGAUAUUAUUUUGAAUUUCUAUAAACAAAUUGAAUAAAAUCAUCUAAUUAUACCAACAGAUAUUGUAUUUUAAGAUACUAUUGCUACUGAUUAACAUUUAUCAAUUAUGGUAUUUUAGAGUAAAAAUUUGACUAUUUAAUUAUGGGGAUGUAGUUUUUAUGUUCCAAAGAGUGAAUGUUUACCAUUAUCUAUUGAAUUAAAAAAUGAUGUUUAAUUAAGUAAAAAUACAUUUACAGGAUGGAUUUAUGAUAAUGAUUUAUAUUUUGCUUUUACUAGUAAACCAAAUGAAAUUUAAAUUUGGGAAAUAUCUUAAGAGAAAAUUAAUCACAUUUAAACUAUUAAGAAUAAAGGAUAAACUGUAACUUAAUUAUUAGGUUCUAAUAAAAAUUUAUUUGUUCUUUUAUCAAAUGGAGAUAUUGAUAUUUAUGAAUUAGGAUUAUUAGUUGAUAAGAUCACUCCUCCUGAACCUGGAUUGCAAAUAUUCAAUAAUCCUUAUCAUAGUAGUUAAAUAUUAAUUGUAAAAACAGUAUCAACCAUUAUUAUAUACAAAUUCAAUUUUGUUGUUUAAGAAAUAGAAUAUUUUAUGAAUUAUGAUUCUAAAGUAUAUAUAUCUAUUUAUGAUUAAUCUUUUAUUGUGGUUAAUUCAUCAACAAUAAUUGAAUAUUUUAUGAGUCCUUAAUAAAAUAGAAUAGCUAAAACAUUACCAUUAUAUGAAUAUAAAAUAGUAAAUCCAAUUUAUGCAGUUCAAUCUAAACACAAUGGAUUAUUAUUUAUUCCUUGUGAAUCAGAUAAUAAAAUUAGUUUUCUAGUAUAUCAACCAUAAUAAUAAGCUCAUGAUUCCUUAAUUUAAGUAAUUAAUACAUUCAUUUCUGGAGAUCUUAAAAAUAUUAUUAUGUCAGUUGAUGGAUUCUAAACAUCCUUAUUCUUCUAUCAAUAUCUAAAAUAGAAUCAUCUCUAUUAAAUUUUAUAAAACACAUAAGCAACCUCAUUACUUAAAUCUACUGAUCAAUAUAAAGAUUAUUGUUAGACUGUAGAAUAACCAUUUUCAGUUUCUAAUCCAUUUAAUUAAAUGGAUUUUACAACUCAAAUUACUGUAAUCAAUAGAAUGGAAGUUAUAACUAUUGUGGAUACAAGUUUAAAAGAAAUGGUAUUAGGUGAAUAAAAUUAAACAAAUUAUUUAUCUUUAGGAGGUGAUUGGUAUAAAGGUCAAGUAGUAGAUAUUAAAGUAUUGUGUAAAUAAUGUCCUUAAGAAAUUGUACUUAAUUAACCAAUAUAUCCUAUUACCUACAAUUUUUUAAGUAAUGCUAGAAUCAUUACUAAAUUUGAUGAUGAUUAUUAAAUUGUAAUUAAUAAAAAUACAUUUAUAAUUCUAGAUCAGAAUCUAAAAUCUACUUUGGAAUAAUAUUUACAAUAAGAAUUUUAUAGUAUUGCUAUUCAUCCAUAAUAAAAUUAUAUGAUAUUAGCAGGUAAAAAUGAUAAGAUUACUAAUUUAUAAAUGAUCACUUGUAAGAGUCCAUAUUCUUGUUCUUAAUUAUAAAGUAAAACUAUUUAAGUAUCUAAUAUUGGUUAAAUGUAUAUACUUUAAGAAGACUUCUUAAUAUUAAGUACUCCUUAAGAAAUAGUAGUAUAUCAUAUCACUUAUACUUAAAAUUCAUGGACUCUUGAAUGGAAAUCCUCAACAAAUAUUGAAUCAUAUUCCACUUGUAAAGGAAUCAAUUACUUUUUUGUAUCUAAAAUAUAUACUGAUAAUAAACCAGAAUAUGCAAUUACACUUUUAGAUUCAACAAAUUAAAUAUUGUUUUUAUUUUAUAAAAUUAAAAAUGGAUCUUUAAGUUUAAUUAGUUCUUAAUUUAGAAAUUUAUAAAAUGAGAUUAUUAAUCAUAAUUAAUAUGCAUAACAAGAUACAAAAUAUAUUUAAAUAUUGUCAUAUACUUAAAUUGAGAAAACUGUAACACAAUAUAUUUUAUUUAAAAUGAUAGUGAUGACUAAUAAUGUAGCCUCAUAUGGAAUGCAAUUCUAAUUUGAUUUCAAUUAUGAAUAUCAUUCCAGUUAAAUUCUAUUCAUUAUUAAUUAAUAUGCUGAUUGGACUACUCUAGCUGCUGGAUCUAUUCAAUCUAAUAAAUUAUGUAUUCCUUAUUCAAAUGGAAUUAAAACUGUCAUGUUGUUUUACAAUAUUCCAAUUAACACUUAAAAAAUAACAUCACCUCCAACAAUAACUUCUAUUUCAGGCAUUCGAGAUGAUGUAUUACCUAUAGAUAUACCUCCAGUAGUUUAUGUACUUCAUUCUGAAAAAUAAUCCUAUUAUUUAUUGACUAAUUUAGUAAGAUAUAAAGAGAGGAUAUGUGUGAAUCUCUAUGCUCUCUAUGAUUAGCCAAUACUUGCUGUUUCUAAUACAGUUGAAUUAGAUCUUAAAUAGUAAUUAACUAUCUUUUUGACAAAUGAUUUCAGUAAUGCUUCAAAAUAAGUUACUUUGAAAUCUUUAUAUGAACCAAUAAAAUAAAAUGCUAGGUAACUUAUUUAAUUAAAUAUUUAGUGUUGGAUGGAUUGUAGCAGUUAUUGUUAUUGCAAGUUUACUAGCAGUUGGAAUGCUAUUCUUUGUUAUGCGUAGAAGAUCUAUUCGUUUAUCAUAUUAAAACUAUUAUCCUAUGUAAGAUUAACAAUUAAGAAAUAUGUGAUU